AUGUCAAUUACUAAAUGGAACUCAACAUAUGCAGUAGACACAAGCAACAACUGUAAGAUAUUGAGUGAUGUCAUUACAUUUAUCUUGUUUGUCAUUUCAGGGAAGGAGAGUCCAAAUUCAAAGUGCUGUUAUACUGAGAGCGGCGGCGUCACAAAGUUAGGAAACCAGACAAAUAAUCGCUAUCCAAAAACCCCGUGCCAUCUGGAUCUCUACUCUGAAGGUCGUCCCAUUCCAUCUACAUCCUCGUCUAGCCUACUACCAUCUGCACAACUGCCCAGUUCCCAUAACCCUCAACCAGUUAGCUGCCAGAUGCCCCUGCUGGACAGCAAUACUUCUCAUCAAAUAAUGGACACCAACCCUGAUGAGGAGUUCUCCCCUAAUUCAUACCUACUAAGAGCAUGCACAGGCCCACAACAGGCUUCCAGCAGUGGUCCAACAAAUCAUCACAGCCAGUCAACGCUUCGGCCUCCUCUUCCUCCCCCUCAUAACCACACUUUGUCUCACCACCACUCUUCAGCCAACUCUCUCAACAAGAACUCAUUAACUAACAGGCGGAAUCAGAUUCAUGCACCAGCUCCUGCGUCUAACGACCUGGCUACCACUCCUGAAUCUGUGCAGCUUCAGGACAGCUGGGUCUUAAACAGCAAUGUACCACUGGAGACCAGACACUUCUUGUUCAAGACAUCGUCUGGAACGACUCCCUUGUUCAGCAGCUCUUCUCCUGGAUACCCACUGACUUCUGGAACAGUUUACACUCCUCCUCCCAGACUCCUACCCAGAAACACCUUCUCCAGAAAUGCCUUCAAGCUUAAAAAGCCGUCCAAAUAUUGUAGCUGGAAAUGUGCUGCCUUAUCAGCUAUUGCUGCUGCAGUUCUUCUUGCUAUUCUGCUGGCUUAUUUCAUUGCAAUGCAUCUGCUUGGGCUUAACUGGCAGCUCCAGCCCGCAGACGGACAUACCUUUAACAAUGGAAUAAGGACAGGCAAUGAUGAUGUCGCAACAAUGCCAUCUGGAGGCAAAGGACCAUGGCCCGCGGUCAGAAAUAGCAGCAUAGACAACGGGGAAGUGGAAAUUGGACGCAGGAUCACCCAGGAGGUGCCAGCAGGAGUGUUUUGGAGGUCUCACAUCCAUGUCAUUCAACCACAGUUCCUAAAAUUUAAUAUCUCAUUGGGAAAGGAUGCACUUUUUGGAGUCUAUAUAAGGAAGGGCCUUCCACCAUCUCAUGCCCAGUAUGACUUCAUGGAACGGUUGGAUGGAAAAGAGAAAUGGAGCGUCGUGGAAUCACCAAGAGAACGACGCAGUAUCCAGACCUUGGUGCAAAAUGAAGCAGUGUUUGUCCAAUACUUAGAUGUCGGGUUUUGGCACCUGGCAUUUUACAAUGAUGGCAAGGACAAGGAGAUUGUAUCUUUCAAUACAGUUGUUCUAGACUCUGUUCAAGAUUGUCCUCGGAAUUGCCAUGGUAAUGGGGAAUGUGUGUCAGGGGUCUGCCAUUGCUUCCCCGGAUUCCAUGGAGCAGAUUGUGCAAAAGCUGCGUGUCCAGUUUUGUGUAGUGGAAAUGGACAAUACUCCAAAGGAGCCUGUAUUUGUUACAGUGGAUGGAAAGGCGCAGAGUGCGAUGUCCCGAGCAGCCAGUGCAUAGACCCUUCCUGUGGGGGUCAUGGUUCUUGCGUAGAAGGAAACUGUAUAUGCUCGGCAGGGUUCAAGGGGGACAACUGUGAAGAAGGUGACUGCAUGGACCCAACGUGCUCCAACCACGGGGUUUGUGUGAACAGAGAAUGUCUCUGCAGUCCAGGGUGGGGUGGCCAGAACUGCGAACUACCCAGAACUCAAUGUCCAGAUCAAUGCAGUGGACAUGGGACAUACCUCACCGACUCAGGUCUGUGUAGCUGUGAUCCUAACUGGAUGGGUCCUGAUUGCUCUGUUGAGGUAUGCUCAGUGGACUGUGGCACUCACGGCGUUUGUAUUGGUGGAGCAUGCCGUUGUGAGGAAGGGUGGACUGGGGUGGCAUGUGACCAACGCGUUUGCCACCCUCGAUGCACCGAACAUGGAACUUGCAAAGAUGGAAAAUGUGAAUGCAGAGAGGGAUGGAAUGGGGAGCACUGCACCAUUGAUGGCUGCCCUGAUCUAUGCAAUGGCAAUGGGAGAUGCACACUCGGUCAGAACAGCUGGCAGUGUAUCUGCCAGACCGGCUGGAGAGGGUCCGGAUGCAAUGUUGCCAUGGAAACAUCUUGUGCUGAUAACAAGGAUAAUGAGGGAGAUGGUCUUGUGGAUUGCUUGGACCCGGAUUGCUGUCUACAGUCGACUUGCCAGUCAAGUUUACUUUGCCGUGGAUCACGUGAUCCUCUUGAUAUCAUCCAGCAAAGCCAACAAAACUCACCAGCAGUAAAAUCUUUUUAUGACAGAAUCAAACUUUUGGUGGGAAAAGACAGCACGCACAUAAUUCCCGGAGAAAAUCCUUUCAACAGCAGUCUUGUUUCCCUAAUCCGGGGUCAAGUUAUGACUACAGAUGGAACUCCACUGGUCGGUGUUAAUGUAUCUUUUGUUAAAUACCCAAAAUAUGGAUAUACAAUAACAAGACAGGAUGGCACGUUUGACCUGUUAGCAAAUGGUGGAGCGUCCUUAACUCUUCACUUCGAGCGGGCUCCCUUCAUGAGCCAAGAGAGGACAGUGUGGCUUCCAUGGAAUAGCUUUUAUGCUAUGGACACAUUAGCAAUGAAGACCGAAGAGAACACCAUUCCUAGCUGUGAUUUAAGUGGCUUUGUGCGGCCUGAUCCUGUUAUUAUCUCAUCUCCACUUUCUACCUUUUUCAGUUCCUCCCCCAGACAGAAUCCAAUAGUACCAGAAACCCAGGUUCUUCAUGAAGAGAUAGAAAUGAUGGGUUCCAAUUUGAGACUCUGUUAUCUGAGUUCUCGGACUCCUGGAUACAAGUCCUUGCUCAAGAUCACUAUGACCCAGUCCACAGUCCCACUUAAUCUAAUCAAAGUUCACCUGAUGGUAGCUGUUGAGGGUCAUUUGUUUCAAAAGACAUUUCAAGCGUCGCCAAAUUUGGCCUACACGUUUGUCUGGGAUAAACACGAUGCAUAUGGUCAAAGAGUGUACGGCCUUUCUGAUGCUGUCGUGUCUGUGGGGUUUGAAUAUGAAACUUGCCCAAGUUUAAUUGUAUGGGAAAAAAGAACAGCAAUAUUGCAAGGAUUUGAACUGGAUCCCUCAAACCUUGGUGGUUGGUCCUUGGAUAAGCACCAUAUAUUAAACGUUAGAAGUGGAAUUCUGCACAAAGGAAGUGGAGAAAACCAAUUCCUGACACAACAGCCUGCUGUCAUCGCAAGCAUUAUGGGUAACGGGAGAAGGAGGAGUAUUUCUUGCCCAAGUUGCAAUGGUCUUUCAGAAGGAAAUAAGCUAUUGGCCCCUGUGGCUCUGGCUGUUGGAAUCGACGGAAGCCUCUAUGUGGGAGACUUUAAUUACAUAAGACGCAUCUUUCCCUCCAGAAAUGUCACCAGUAUUUUGGAACUUCGAAACAAGGAAUUUAAACAUAGCAACAACAUUGCACAUAAGUAUUAUCUGGCUGUAGACCCUGUGUCGGGUUCAAUCUAUCUGUCAGACACCAACAGCCGCAGAAUUUACAAAAUCAAGUCACUCACAGCGACUAAAGAUACUGCAACCAACUUAGAAGUUAUAGCUGGGAAUGGAGAGCAGUGUAUGCCCUUUGAUGAGGCACGGUGUGGGAAUGGUGGCAAAGCUGUGGACGCAAUCCUAACAAAUCCCAGAGGCAUUGCAGUUGACAAGAAUGGACUAAUAUACUUUGUUGAUGCAACGAUGAUCCGUAAAGUUGAUCAGAAUGGAAUAAUAUCCACUUUACUAGGAUCUAAUGAUCUUGCAGCUGGUCGACCACUAAGUUGCGAUUCAAGUAUGGACAUCACACAGGUGCGUAUGGAAUGGCCAACAGAUCUUGCUGUGAACCCAAUGGAUAAUUCUCUCUAUGUCUUAGAGAACAAUGUUAUUUUGCGUAUAACAGAAAACCAUCAAGUCAGCAUCAUAGCUGGGCGGCCUAUGCAUUGCCAGGUACCCGGAAUAGACUAUUCUCUUAGCAAGCUGGCUAUUCAUUCUGCGCUUGAAUCUGCAAGCGCUAUAGCUAUUUCCCACACUGGGAUCCUCUACAUUGCAGAAACAAACGAAAAGAAGAUUAAUCGGAUACGACAAGUAACAACCAAUGGUGAAAUCUCUCUUCUAGCUGGGGCAGCCUCGGACUGCAACUGCAAAGAUGAUGUCAACUGCAAUUGUUAUGCCGGAGAUGAUGGUUAUGCUACAGAUGCUUUUUUAAACUCACCAUCAUCUUUAGCAGUGGCACCCGAUGGCACAGUUUACAUAGCCGAUCUUGGGAAUAUACGUAUUAGAGCUGUCCUUCAGAACAAGCCUGUUCUUACUGCAUUUAAUCAAUAUGAAGUUGCUUCCCCAGGAGAACAGGAAUUGUACAUCUUUAAUAUCAACGGGAUUCAUCAGUACACUCAGAGCCUUGUGACGGGAGAAUAUCUAUACAAUUUCACUUACAGCGCCGACAACGAUGUGAUAGAAGUGAUCGAUAACAGUGGAAAUUCUUUAAAAAUUCGUAGGGACACUAACGGAACCCCAAGACAUUUUCUCAUGCCAGACAAUCAGAUAAUUACCCUGACACUCACUACCAAUGGCGGAUUAAAGUUAGUCUCGACACAGAGUCUUGAGUUGGCCCUGAUGACGUACGAUGGAACUACUGGGCUGUUGGCAACAAAAAGUGACGAGACAGGCUGGACAAAUUUUUAUGACUACGACAAUGAAGGCCGCUUGACGAAUGUAACACGUCCAACCGGAGUGGUUACCAGUCUCCACCGUGAAAUGGAAAAAUCCAUUACUAUUGACAUUGAAAAUUCCAACCGGGAUGAUGAUGUCACGGUUAUCACCAACCUCUCUUCAGUGGAGGCAUCAUACACAGUGGUUCAAGACCAAGUAAGAAAUAGCUACCAGCUUUGCAGUAAUGGAACUCUGCGAGUGAUGUAUGCCAAUGGAAUGGGCAUUAGCUUCCACAGCGAGCCUCAUAUUCUGACGGGCACAGUCACACCAACAAUUGGGAGACGAAAUAUUUCUCUGCCCAUGGAGAAUGGGCUAAACUCCAUUGAAUGGCGUCUACGAAAAGAGCAAACAAAGGGGAAAGUCACAGUGUUCGGGCGAAAGCUUAGAGUCCGUGGAAGGAAUUUAUUGUCAAUCGAUUUUGAUAGGAAUUCUCACACUGAAAAAAUUUAUGAUGACCACCGUAAGUUUACAUUGAGGAUUGUCUAUGAUCAGCUAGGACGCCCACUCCUGUGGCUCCCGAGUAGUGGACUUGCUCCUGUCAAUGUGUCCUACUUCUUCAAUGGGAGACUCGCUGGCCUCCAACGUGGUGCUAUGAGCGAAAGAACUGAAAUGGACAAGCAAGGAAGAAUCAUCUCUCGCUCUUUUGCAGAUGGAAAAGUAUGGAGCUAUACAUACCUUGAAAAGUCUAUGGUGCUUCUUCUUCAAAGUCAAAGACAAUAUAUCUUUGAAUAUGAUUCGUCUGACCGCCUGUACGCGGUCACCAUGCCCAGCGUUGCGAGGCAUAGUAUGUCAACUCAUACAUCUAUUGGCUACAUCCGGAAUAUCUAUAAUCCGCCAGAAAGCAAUGCAUCGAUCAUUUUUGAUUACAGCGACGACGGCAGGGUGUUGAAGACAUCGUACCUUGGUACCGGGCGCCAAGUUUUUUACAAAUAUGGGAAACUGUCAAAGUUAUCUGAAAUCGUUUACGACAGCACGGCAGUCACGUUUGGGUAUGAUGAAACAACAGGUGUUUUAAAAAUGGUGAGUCUACAAAGUGGUGGAUUUUCGUGCACCAUUCGCUACAGGAAAAUCGGGCCUCUAGUGGACAAACAAAUUUAUAGGUUCUCUGAAGAGGGCAUGGUGAAUGCUCGAUUUGAUUACACUUAUCAUGACAAUAGUUUUCGAGUGGCUAGCAUCAAGCCAAUCAUCAGUGAAACGCCUCUCCCUGUUGAACUUUACCGUUAUGAUGACAUUUCUGGAAAAAUUGAACACUUUGGAAAAUUUGGGGUCAUUUAUUAUGACGUAAAUCAGAUCAUUACUACAGCAGUAAUGACCCUUACUAAACAUUUUGACACUCAUGGACGUAUAAAGGAGGUUCAGUAUGAAAUAUUUCGAUCGCUCAUGUAUUGGAUGACUGUUCAGUAUGAUAGCAUGGGGCGUGUUACAAAGAGAGAGCUGAAACUGGGUCCAUAUGCCAACACAACAAAGUACACAUAUGAUUAUGAUGGAGAUGGUCAGCUGCAAAGUGUCGCUGUCAAUGACAGACCCACCUGGCGUUACAGUUAUGACCUAAAUGGAAACCUACACCUGUUAAAUCCCGGAAACAGUGCCAGGCUGAUGCCUUUGCGCUAUGAUCUGAGGGAUAGAAUAACACGCCUUGGGGAUGUGCAGUACAAAAUCGAUGAUGAUGGUUUUCUGAGCCAAAGAGGUUCUGAUAUUUUUGAAUAUAAUUCUAAAGGCCUUCUUACGAGAGCUUACAAUAAGGUCAAUGGAUGGAACGUCCAAUAUCGAUACGAUGGAUUAGGACGUAGAGCUUCAUGCAAGACUAAUUUAGGACUACAUCUUCAGUUCUUCUAUGCUGAUCUUCACAACCCAACAAGGGUUACCCAUGUUUACAACCACUCUAACUCUGAAAUCAUUUCCUUAUACUAUGACUUGCAAGGUCACCUUUUUGCGAUGGAAAGCAGCAGCGGCGAAGAAUACUACAUUGCCUCUGACAAUACAGGCACACCUCUGGCUGCUUUUAGUAUCAAUGGCGUGAUGAUCAAACAGUUACAGUAUACAGCCUAUGGAGAGAUUUACUUUGAUUCAAAUCCAAAUUUCCAGCUUGUGAUUGGGUUCCAUGGAGGGUUAUAUGAUCCUUUAACAAAACUGGUUCAUUUUACUCAGAGAGAUUACGAUGUAUUAGCUGGACGCUGGAUAUCCCCUGAUUAUACAAUGUGGAAAAAAAUUGGAAGAGACCCUGCUCCGUUCAACUUAUACAUGUUUAAGAACAACAAUCCACUGAGCACUGAAAUGGAUUUAAAGAAUUAUGUUACAGAUGUGCAAAGCUGGUUGGUGAUGUUUGGAUUUCAACUGAGCAAUAUUAUACCUGGAUUUCCAAGGUCAAAAAUGUAUUUCGUACCAGCACCCUAUGAACUGACCGAGAGUCAAGAAUGUGAAAAUGGACAGCUCAUUACAGGUGUUCAACAGACCACUGAAAGACAUAAUCAAGCAUUUAUGGCACUGGAGGGCCAAACCAUCGUUAAACGACUGCAUGCAAACAUAAGAGAGAAACCAGGGCACUGGUUUGCAACAACAAUUCCCAUAAUUGGAAAAGGAAUAAUGUUUGCCAUCAAGGAAGGUAAAGUAACAACCGGAAUCUCCAGUAUCGCUAAUGAAGACAAUAAGAAAAUUGCUUUGGUGCUCAACAGUGCCCACUACUUGGAAAAAAUGUAUUAUAACAUUGAAGGGAAGGACACGCAUUAUUUUGUCAAAAUUGGCUCAGCUGACAGUGAUCUCGUCACUUUGGGUUUGACAAAUGGCCGUAAAACCCUGGACAGUGGAGUGAAUGUUACAGUGUCCCAGCCAACUCUUCUUAUAAAUGGAAGGACUCGCAGGUUUACAAACAUUGAAUUCCAGCACUCAUCACUUCUUCUAAACAUACGGUUUGGAAUGACUGCAGACACAUUGGAUGAAGAAAGGGCGAGGGUUCUUGACCAAGCACGCCAGAGAGCACUGAGUGCAGCUUGGGCCAAAGAGCAACAAAAAGCAAGGGAUGGAAAAGAAGGAAGUCGUUUAUGGACAGAAGGGGAAAGGCAACAGCUUUUGAGUACAGGAAGGGUUCAAGGAUAUGAGGGAUACUACGUUCUUCCCGUGGAGCAGUACCCUGAGCUUGCAGACAGUAGCAGUAACAUCCAGUUUUUGAGACAGAAUGAAAUGGGAAAGAGGUAACAAAUUAAUCUACUGUCAUCCUUUACUGGAUGAAUCAGUAGUUGCAACUGUUAUCUCCUCUCCUAAGGAGAUGAAGACCUAAAUGGGGCACUAGGCUGAAUUGUUUUGAGACAGUUAAGUAGCAUGAAAGCUCACAUUUUUUGAGUUGAAUGCUGCUGAAAAACACCCAAUGCAGUGGACCUAAGCCUGACUUAAAAUAAAACACAAAUAAAUACAAAAGUACCCCUGUGAUAUUACCCACUUCUUCUGGGUCUCUGUUAAAAAUAAACAUGGCCUCUCAGUACCUCACAUCUUUAGUAUGUGAGGUAUGUUCAAGAAAUUCAAGAUGGCCGCCUUUACAAGACCAUUUGCUGAAAACCACUAAGACUGCUUCUUUGAUAGAUACUCCAACAUUUUAAUUUAAGAAGAAUGUGUACUGUAUUUCCUCAAGGACUUGAGGAAUGAUUUGUAGAAAAUGAUUCUAAAACUAAGAGCACUGGAUUGACUCUAACAAGAAAACAUGGACAUUACUUGCACUCCAAUCCCCAAAAUGCUCUGACUUCAUUUUAUUCAUGGAGUGGUUAGAGUGUAACAUUUGAUUCAAAGUGGAAGCUUUCACUACCGUUUAAAUUCAUUCUCUUGUUUGUAUUUGAAAAUUCCAUUGUGGACAAUAUUACACAGUUACAGGGUGUAGUCUGUUUAGAAUCAGUAGUUUGUUGGUAUCAGUUCCAGUAGAGAUGUGGGCAUUGUGACACUAUGGCAAAUGGGCACCACUUCAGAUCACCCUGUUCAUAUAAAGGCCAAGAGGCACAAUCACUGUUUCAGAUUAAAACUAGAAAUGUGUUUGUUUGGUCUAAACAAUAAACUGAGACAAUCACCUUACAGUCACCACAAAAAAAAAAAAGUUGAUUAUGAACUUUGGUAUAAAACGUUUUUGUUUUUUUUUGUAAUAUACAUGUAUGAAUUGUUCAUUGAGUUUUUAUAUUAUUUUAAUUUGCUGCUAAAUUAAAAUUAGAGACAGGCAAAGAUAAUUUAUGGCAAAGUGUUUAAAUUGUUUAUACAUAAAUAAAGUCUCUAAAACUCCUGUGAA